CCAGAAGGACGGGCCAGUCCUUGCCUUCCAAGCCUCUCUCUCUCUCUUUCGCCUGCUCUCCGCACGCCGACGCUCGGUCGCCUCUCCCUUCCCUCCGUCCAGAGCAGCAGACAGGACAACGGACGGCUACACAGCUCUCGUGCCGCGGAGACAGCCGUUCCCGUUGGUUUUCCCGUCUUGCCUCUGCGCCACUGCUGUCACCGCGAGAACAACAUCACGUCGUUCGGCCGCCUCCGACCUCACUGCGCCGGGCAGCUCGCGCAGAUCCGGGAGAGCGCCCAACGGAACCUCCGCUUGUGGCCCUGUCCUGCCUGCAGACUUCGCACGGACGAGCGUACGCCAAGCAGCGAGUGCGCAUACAGUGCUCAGAGGCCAAAAUUACGGUGCGCAUGGCGGGUGGCCUGCGCUGCUGAUGGCCAACAUUACCUCACACCUCGCACAUCACGCCUCGCGCGACGACAUCAUUCACCUCGAUCCACCUCAUCCGUCUGUCCCCCUUCCGACCUGGCCUGGCCUGGCGCAGCCCGGUCCCCGCCUUCCCUCCCGGCUGAGGACACGCCACGCCUGCCCGUCCGCCCCAGUCGCCUCCUCGCCCCAGGACGUUCUGGUCCCCCCCAUCAGCGACCACACACCCCAGGACAGCCCGACCUGUUGUGAGAAAAAACGGCCUCCACUACGCUGCACGCCCUGCGCUGCCCUGGCCAUCGCAGCAGCGCUGAAGUGACGCCUGAGGUGGGUGUGCCACAGCAGCGCCAGCACCCGACGGCCACCUCUGUCAUAAGGUUCCCUGCGCGCUAAAUCGCCAGCGUCCAAUCGCCCGGCGUCGCCUCCCCCCCCGGACUCCCCUGCUCAAUCGCUCGACUUCCCACGUUUCCUUGGCCCCAGGGCUUUUGCAGCCAACAAGCACCCCAACACCAAAAGACCCCGUCCCUCCCGGCGUUGUCUUCUCAGGCACUCUUCGCAUCCCACCUACACCUGCAUCACGCUCCACGCAGUCUCGCACGGCCAGGCCUCAGUCGCUCACGUCCAGACCGAAGCCAGCGACGUGCCGAGGCGAUACGCACCGCACCGCACUGCAACGCGACGCCCAGGCGUUGGGCAUCACGCUCGGGCUCUCUUCGCCGAUCAUCCCCAGACUGCAUCCAUGACGAGCCACCCACAAUGACACUAGCCAUCGACCUCCAUUGCCAACAUCAAACCCACUGAGCCAUGCAGCGCAACGACCCUCCCGCACCCACGGCCAAGACUCCGCCCGCCGGUGACGCUGCACAACCUGCCGCGCCGGCCACGGCGAGUACAAUGACGGGUCAACAGACCGCCGCCUCGGGCGGCUCCAACCUGACGUCUGCAUAUGCGCCCGCGUCUGGCGCGCAGACCUCGAAGAACUCGUCAGCGGCCAACUCCAACUCCCAGUCUCCCAUAGCCUCCCGAGACGGAUCUCCCGCUCGAAACCCAAGAAGGAAUUCGUCGACACAACGACUCAGCUCUCGCUCUCGAAAUAAUAGCCAGCACGACCCGAGCCCGUCGAGGCCUGCCAGGACGAGCAUCCCCGAACCUACUACGUCAGCCCCGCGGGCGCUCUCGUCGUCCACAACACCAAGUUUACGCCCAGCAAGCAAGGAGCCGCAAAUACAGGCUCCGACGCCACAGAAGCCGCCUAUAGUGCAGGAGCUUAGAGAUAAUCCCAAGUGGCCCGUCUCACCGCGCAUACGGUCACCGCCGCCGCAGCUGGCGAAGCCAAGUGCUGCUGCUACUCGACGAAGCGAGCAGGAACCACCGUCCAUCAGCGUCCAGCGGCCAACUCCGUCGCCACACCCUUCUGAUCCCCAACUGCCGACCCCAGAAAGCGACACAGAUGACUCGCACAUGCAGUCGGGUAUUCGGACUCCGGCUCGCGGCCCCUUGGAGACCGUCCAAGAGGUCAGCCAGAAUAACUCUCCUGCGCACCCCCGCGACAGCGCACUGGUGGAGCACAUCAAGGAGAAGCUUAGCGGCGCCGACCCAUACGCGGACGCUGCCUUGAGCGAUACUGGUGCGAUGCAGAAGACCAAGCCCAGUAUCUCUGGCUCGCAGUCUGCGAGCGAGGUGGCCAAGAACGAGGCGAGGAGGCCGACCUCGGUUCCCCCUCCGCUCGUCUCACGACAGUCUAGCGCCCUGUCGACAAAGCAGUCGAAGUCAUCGAAGCCCGAGGGCUCAACACAGAACAUGACGGUGGAGACCGAGACCGUUCCCAGCGUACCCCAAAUAGCGCUUACUACAAACCAAAAAAUGGAAGGCGGCAACGGCACCCUCAAGGCGAAACCAAGUACGGAAACGAUCAAACCGAAGAAAAAGGAGAAGAAGCCUACACGAAAGCAGCCGGCUGUUAGCUCGGCAACAGGCUCCAAGGCGGAUAUCUUCGAGGCCAAAAUUGCCAGCGCCGUCGACGAGGCCAACACGUCUGAUUCGGAAGAAACAUUUGUGUAUGACUCUAACCCGCCUGACACCGCCGAGCGAUCAAACCGACGCUUUCAUUCCCGGACACCCAGUGCAACGUCCAUGGCAAGCCAAGCAGACCGCCAAAACCUCCGAUCCAUCUACGGCGUCAUGCAAGAUGGGAGUCACAGUUCUAGCCACCCUCACGGACCGGUCCCGAAGAAGAGCAUGAAGUUUGUCAACACUUUCAACGGCAAUGCGAGCGAUAGCUUGACCCCUGGUGAGGAGGACGGCAAGGGCACUGGGCGGAGCGCUGGCGGUUCUGCCAGAGGCACUGUCCGCCACCAUCAUCAUAUUGGUAGAUGGGGGCGUCAACCUGGCAACGGCCAUGCUUCGCUGUUCGACAACGAGUCUCCGUUCCCCAAUGCUGCCAAAUCCAAGCUAGGCAGCACCACGUCCCGAAACUCGUCUGGACCGCCCAGCCCUCGCAACUACCACUCUGCUCGCGGACACCUAAGCACUAAGCGGUCCAAUAUGCAAAUGUCUUCGAGCUACGAUUUGGAUGACACCACUGGUGCCGACGACGAACGAACACCUCUACUUGAGCAGGGCCGCUCUUACCGCGGCGGGCGGAAUAGGCGUGGGCCACACAACCUGCGGCAAGCGGAAUCGCAGACAUAUACGAGACGCUCCUCGUAUCUGAACCGCUUUGCUGCCUGUCUUGUCCUGACCAUGAUGUUCCUCUUGGUCAUCACUGGGGCAAUUGGAUUCAUGUUUGCGACGUCGCAACCUAUGACGGGCAUCGAGAUAGUCUCCAUCACGAACGUGGUGACUAGCCAGCAAGUGUUGAUGUAUGAUCUCACCGUCAAGGCACACAACCCCAAUAUCGUGGUCGUCACCAUCGACCACGCGAACCUGGAGAUUUUCGCCAAAUCAGAACACGCUGGCACGGAUUCGGAAUGGAGGUCACACAACCCUAAUGACUUUUACGCUCGAGACGAUCCAAUCAAUGACCCGCCCAAAGAUCCCGGCGAAGGCGAUGACGGCGACUCUAGACCAAAUGUUUUACUCGGUCGGAUCACCGAGUUCGACAGUCCACUUACUUUUGAAGGCUCAUUGUUCCAUCAGGGCAGCUCGACGUCGAGCGCCGAGAUGCAGCUGGCCAAUCCCGGGAACGAUACAGCAGGUGGCUCGGAGCGGUGGGAGCGUAUCUACCAAAACGAAUUUGACCUCAUCAUCAAGGGUGUGGUCAAAUACAGCCUCCCCCUGAGCGCUCACAUUCGUAGCGCCACCGUGUCGGGGCGAACCACUGUCAAGCCCAACUCAGCCAACGAUCCCUCCCGCAAACCGAACAACACCCUUUCAGCAUUCCCUUGACAGCAUAAUGCCCUCCACAGGCAUUCUCUUCUCUUUUGUUUUUUCUGGCCCUGUGUUUCUUAAGCGGGCGUGCAUGGCAUCUGAGGAGUGCUGGCGUUGAAGGGCAUCUCCAAAACACAUCCUGCGGGAGAGGUGGAGAUGCAACACUGUCGCGUUUUCUUUUGCUUCUUUUUGGGUUAUAGACAGGACGGGGGCUCACCGAACCCGCCACGCCUCUGGAGCGAACCACCAUGGUCUCAAAGCUCCAAAGCAUCACGGGUGGUGUGCCACGCCGAAGCGGAGCAAAUCUGACGGUACAGACAAGAAAGCUGGCGAAACAAAGGGAAAAUACAGCAUACCAAGCGAUAGAGGCGUCAUAGCACCUUUUGCUUUUCUCAAUAAAGUGGAGGUCUCGUUUGUUUUUAUUCUGAGUGAUGGUAGAUGAUGGCAACAGGGUGGUAUAGUGGAGUGUGUGACAACUCUGGUCUGUAUGUAUUAUUAGCGACCUGAUGACUCCAAAAAGAUGAGCAAGUUUACGGCCGCACGGGAGGCAAGAUCUGGAUGACCAACCAGACGGGUGAUGGAUGAGGUUGUGAGAAUGAGGUCCUGGUAGGCAGACUAGAUCAGUGAGUGAGUGGUGAAGAGAGAGUAUGCCAGACACACGCGAAGCUGUUGUCUUUUGCAAGGCGAUUCAUGCCUCAAGAUGAGGUCAUAAUAGGCUUUAACGAAUUCAGUUCCAGAAAUUGACGGCAAUGUAUAUAUAUCCCAUACUCUUUUGACUUUCAG